AAUGACUCAUUAUCUCCCACAGUCCGUGAAGGCAGCAGCAGCAGCGCGCGGAUAAAGAAACAAUCAUGGCUGACGCGGUGUCUGACAGCGAGAAGCAGGCAGCGAAGCCGGCCCCCAAACGCAGACGCAUCCUGGACCCUUCAGCCAUCGUCUCUGUUCCCGUUUACUCAAACAAGGUGAGCAGCAGUCUGCAGCUGAAGCCAACGGCAGAAAUGUUCGCUGGAAAAGAAAACUCAGACGACGUUGCAGACGACGGUUUGUGGUCGCCGUUCUCGUCUCCGAAGCGGAGUGCAGCCGUGGUCGUCGGCCUCAGCGACUCCGAAGACGAAGUAGAACACGUGGAGAAGAAAACAGAACCAGCAGCCAUGCGCUGCCCGUCUCCUCCGCAGAGUCCGGUCCAGAAACAGUCCAGACAGGCCCAACGGAAGAUCAGCGAGAUUGACCGGAAGCUCCGGGCGGUGAACUACCUCCUGUCUCCCGAACCUCAGGACAGAAGCUGCAGAAGCUCCAGAAACUCCAGAAGCUGCAACGACGACGUCAUCAUCAUGAGCCCUGACGAUGACGGCGUCAUGAACCCCGACUCGGGGCUCCAGGAUUCUCCGUACAGCUCGUUGGUCCGGGAGAUUCCCCUCAAGAUCCGCUGCCGAACGGACGUCCACAAGAUCCAGGUUCAGUCGUCGACGCCGUUGAGUGAAGUGGUGACCCAGCUGUCCGGCAUCCUUAGCGUUCCUCCUCCUCGCCUGCUGCUGUUGAGGGAGGACGUGGAGCUUCCAACGCACUCAACCGUCGGCGAGCUCGGCCUCGGCAUCGCUGACAUCAUCGAGUGCGUGGUGAUGGCAGCGGAGGACCAGAGGGGAGACAGCAGCAGCAGCAGCAGCAGCAGGAUGACUGUGAGGCUGCAGAGCAAAGACAGAGACUCCUCUCAGGAGUUCUCCCUGCACAGAGACGCCCCGCUGGGCUCCGUCUUCUCCCAGUACCUGUCCCGGAUGUCCCCCGGCUCUCAGAAGAAGGUCCGCUUCCACUUCGACGGCUGCAAAGUGACUCCGGGCCAGACGCCGGCUCAGCUGGACAUGGAGGACGGAGACAUCAUCGAAGUUUGGAUUUAGGUCCAUGACAGCCUCCAUUAUUCUAGAAGACAUGUAAAACCACUGGUUGGUAGUUCAGUUACUUUGUUUGUAAAAGUCACUUUAUUUGUAAAUGUUGAAAAUACAAUAAUCACA